AUGGCGAUUGGAGAUGAAAUUCCAGCUGGAACGUGCACAAACACAGCCGCUGCAAUUAUCGAUCAUCAUCAUCCUCUGUUUCUACAACCGAGUGACACUCCAGGUAGUUCAUUGAUUUCAAUUCAGCUAACUGGAAGUGAGAACUAUGCAAUAUGUAGUAGAUUUAUGAAAAUAGGAUUGACAGGUAAGAGCAAAUUAGGUUUUGUUGAUGGACGAUGCACUAAGGAUAAAUUCGAUCGAUCAUUACAUGAACUUUGGGAAAAAUGUAAUGCAAUAGUUUUAUCUUGGAUCAUGAAUGCUGUAAGCAAGGAAUUACUUAGUGGUAUUGUGUACAAGUCAAGUGCGCACAAAGUGUGGACAGAUCUGAAGGAUAAAUAUGAUAAAGUCGAUGGAUCUCGGAUUUUUUUUCUGCAUAAGGAAAUUGCAACUCUGUCACAAGGAAUAUCCAGUGUGUCAACCUAUUUCUCACGAUUGACAGAUUUGUGGGAAGAAUAUGAUGCCUUGAUGCCAUGUCCUGGGUGUGAUUGUCCAGAAUCUAAGAGCUACUCUGAGCAUUUUGAAUACCAAAAGUUGCUACAGUUUUUGAUGGGACUGAAUGAGACAUAUGCACAAGCUAGGAGUCAAAUUUUGAUGAUGAGUCCAAUCCCUUCUGUCAACAAGGCCUAUUUUAUGGCUGUAUCUGAAGAAAGUCAAAGAAAAAUGGGGAAACCUACACAGACAUUGGACAUGGGAGAUAGUACAGCAUUAUUCACUAACAAAGGAGGCAUGAUUACCGGAAAUGCUUAUAAGCCUAGAAGAAGCAAUCUGUUCUGUGACUACUGUAACUAUAAGGGUCAUACAAGAGAAACAUGUUACAAGAUACAUGGCUAUCCAAGUGAUUUCAAGAUGAGAAGAAAAGCCAAUAAUUUUCCACAAAGACCAAUGGUCAAUAAUACCAUAAGGGAAGGGCAGCAGCCUCAGCAUAUGGGAAAGGCAAUUGCAAAUGCAGUAUCUCAGGAAGGGCAGCAAAUGCAGAACUCACCAGUUGGACUUACAACACCUACAUUGCCUCAGCCAGUCAUGUUUACUCAGGAACAAUAUGAUCAAAUUUUAAAAUUGCUCAACAAAGACACAAGUGACAAUUCACAGCAUUUUGCAGGUACAACCAAGGCCACUACAUUAGCUGACAAAACAAAAGAUGAAAACUGGAUAGUAGAUUCUGGUGCAACCAAUCACAUGGUUCACACCAAAAAAUUACUUGAUAAGAUCAAUACUAAAAGCCUAAAAUCACAGUCUAAGGUUCACUUGCCUGAUGGUACCUCACUAGAUGUUGUUUGCACAGGAGAAAGUAGGAUUGGUGAAUGUGGUGUUAUCAGGAAUGACCUUCACAAUGGGAAAGUGAAAUUGAUUGGUAAAGAGCUUGAAGGAUUGUAUAAUUUGCAGCACAAGCAGGACAAAGCUGCAGCUGCAGCUGUGAGAUCACAUGGUCAUUUCAGAGUAGAAGAGGACUUAGGGAUUUGGCAUGGGAGACUUGGCCAUGUCCCUGACAAAUUUGGAGCAACAAUGAAAAUCUUGAGAAGUGACAAUGGGACUGAAUUCUUUAACUCUGAAUGCAGCAAUUUAUUUCAAUCGUAUGGAAUGAUUUAUCUGAGUUCUUGUGUUCAUACCCCACAGCAGAAUGGGGUAGUGGAAAGAAAACAUAGACACAUACUAGAGGUGGCUAGGGCAAUUAGAUUGCAAGGUCAUUUGCCUCUUAAAUUUUGGGGAGAAUGUAUACAUGCAACAGUCUAUAUCAUCAACAGAAUUCCCCUGUCAGUGCUUUCAGGGAAGUCCUCUUUUCAGUUGAUGUAUGGAAGAGCACCUUCCUUACAACAUCUGAGAGUCAUAGGCCGUCUAUGCUUUGCCAAAGUUCUAGUAGGGGGAGAUAAACUUGGAGCAAGGGCUAUUGGAGCUGUCCAUAUGGGCUAUUCUUCAUCUCAGAAAGGAUACAAACUUUAUAAUCUCUUGACUAACUCCUUUUUUGUCAGCAGGGAUGUCAAAUUCAUGGAAAACAUCUUCCCUUUCCAGCUUUUAAAGGAAGGGAAAUUGCAGGUCUUUCCCAAUGGUGUCAUAACACCAGUUCCUAGCAAUGACACAACACUUCCAUCUACAGUUGCAGAUCCACCACAUGCGGCAACCACCCCUUCUUCCACAGAUGAAGUACCACAUGAGCCAGUACCACAUGAUCCAGUACAUGAUGCAGACUCACCAUCACCAGGCUUUGAAGCCCCAUAA